AAUGAGCUGUUGAGUUGGUAGCCUGCAUAUUCGUUGCGUGCGAUAAUCCAAGAUGUCAGCGCCCACAACGACCAUGAAACGUGAUUUUUAAAAAAGUUUCCUUUGUUUUGGUCGAUUCAGAGUCAUCUGAAGCAUUUCAGGUCCUGAGAAGCAAUGGAGACCCCAGUGAUGCAGUCUCCAGUAGCGGGAGGAAGGAACACGACUUGGUUUACUUCAGAAAUUCAGCAGAUGAUGCAUGGGUUUGGCGAUUGCAGAAAACCCCUUCAAGAAUCAGCAGCCAUUAUUGAAAAGAUCGUCCACCAGCAGCUAUCAACAGUGCUCCAACAAGCCAUCGAAGCUAACAGUGUGAGAAAUGCACGGUUCCUCGGUUUGGAAGAUUUUCUGUUCUUACUCAGAAGAGACAAGGUGAAACUGCGGCGGUUUCUACGCUACAUGGAGGUGAAGGAUCUUAAGAGUCAGGCCUUGAAGACCAUGGGGGAUCAGGAAGAGCAGUCUGAGCAAGGUGGAGAGGCAACAAAGUCAUCAAGUUCAUCCUAUCCACGAUCAAGGAGAAGAAAGAUCUGCUAUGAUUUCCUAAGCUCGAUUGAUCAGACUGGAGAGCUGAUUGCCUUAUUUGACGAUGAUUCAGUCGAUGAAAUCAAAUUUCAAAGGAGCGUGCGGGCAGAUAUACAAGCAAGAAACAUGGAUGAACAGAAGUAUAAAGAAUUCAAUGAGGCACGCCAGGCAUCUUUUAGUCGGAAGUAUAAAUCUCAGCGGUUCCGAGAAUGGUUGGUUGCUGGCAUAAACCUGGAGAUAAAGCCCAAUCCUUUAGCCAUGGAGGUGCUCAGUUAUCUAGCAUAUGAAACAGUCGCUCAGGUUGUCGACCUGUCCUUACUGGUAAAAAAAGACAGCAUCACCAAAACAGAUGAUCCGAUAACUCGGGCAAUGCCGCACAUCUAUAUGAGCCAUGAUCCAUUUGAGUUUAUCAAUCAAACUAAGUCAAAGUCACAGACUGCAUCCGUGAAGAAGGAACCUCUUGGUGGGACCUCACCUACCUUAAGUCCACCUUCUACCCCCUCUACCCCCAACUCACAGCAUGGUUACAGCCAGCCAGUACCACUGACACCGACCCCCUGUUCAAGUACCGGGAAACCCAAGGCUAAAAAGCGCAAGAAGAGUGGAUCAGCGACGAGCCUUGAGAUGAGUACGCUAGCAAUACAGCCUGGAGAGAUUAGAGAAGCUAUGAGAACAUAUGGCUAUUUGAUUGGGCCAUUUGGAGCAUUCUCGAAACCCGCUUCUAUGAACAUGAAGCAGAAGAUACUUUCCUUAUAAGGGACACCAGGCAGAAGUUAUCAAUAUGAACACUUAUUUGAUCAAUAGCCAUUCUGGGACUGCUUUCAGAAAGUGCAAUUUAUGACUUAUUUUUCUUAUUUUCCUGUGUAAUAGCUUCCUUCGAAGAAAAAGACUUUACUUGGGUGGGUCACCCUUUUCACUGACAUAUAUGUUGUCUUUGAGUUUACUGUAAGCUAUAAGUCAUUUUUCAUUGUCAGAUUUUUUAUUGAUUCUCCAGCCAUUGGAAACAAGUGAUGUGUACCAGUUUUUCCAGAUUUUUCUUGAAAGAAAAUAAAUGUACAUGUAUAUUC